AUGUCAGAGGAAAACCGCAGAGAAAUCUGCAAAUACCUUUUCAAAGAAGGAGUUUUGUUUGCUAAGAAAGAUUUCAAUUUGGCAAAGCAUCCUUUGAUUGAGUCAGUACCAAACCUGCAAGUGAUCAAGCUGAUGCAGUCUUUUAAGUCAAAGGAGUAUGUUAGGGAGACAUUCGCGUGGAUGCAUUACUAUUGGUUUUUGACUAAUGAAGGGAUUGAGUUUUUGAGGACUUACCUUAACCUUCCUUCUGAUGUUGUUCCCGCUACUUUGAAGAAGUCUGCUAAGCCCAUUGGUCGUCCCUUUGGUGGUGGCCCACCUGGCGAUCGCCCAAGAGGGCCGAGAUUUGAAGGAGGAGACCGUCCUAGGUAUGGUGACCGUGAGGGGUACCGUCGUGGUGGUGCUGGUGGUGAAGGUGAAAAGGGUGGAGCUCCAGCUGAUUACCAGCCUUCUUUCCAGGGAAGUGGUGGAAGGCCAGGUUUUGGACGUGGUGCUGGAGGAUACAGCGCAGCUGCACCAUCCGGUUCUGGCUUGCCUUGAAAGAGACAUGGUUUUUAGUUGAAUGUAAGAGGGCUAUGGAGUUGUCGUUUCAGCUUUUUUUAAUUUUGGCUUUUGUAAUUCCAGUUCUGGAAGUAUCUUCAUGUUUUUUUUAUCUGAGUUAAGUUUCGUUGUUGAAGAAAACAUCCUCUUCCUAAAUUUUAUGUUUCCUACAAUCAUCUCAUUUCUCCUGGUAAAAUAGUUUGGUUUGGGCAUAUUGAAUUAUCGUGUACUCAGAAAUAAAAUUGAGUUUUGGUUUAUGCUC